AUGAACGUAAUGAAAACAAUCGGUGCUGACGGCGAGAAACCUCACGUACCAACGCCUUUAACAGGACGUAUUACAGCUGAGUUGUCCAAAGGAGUAUAUGACGGCAAAAACCUGGACACGGAUAGCUAUACAGUGCCUGUACAGAAAGAUGGAAAAUGGGUUCCAAGACGAGCACGAGGUACGGCCGAAUUCCGCGGAACGUUACGAUAUUGCUCACCGAACGUGCACGAAAAGAAGGAACAGGGACGUCGUGAUGAUCUGUGGUCACUUUACUAUGUUUUUAUCGAGUUACACUGUGGACUUCCAUGGCAGACAUUACGUGACAAGCAAAAGGUCGAGUUGCUAAAACUGAACAUGAACGAUAAGGAUCUUGUGCUGAACUUUCCAGUUGAACUUCAUGGCAUUAUACCGUAUCUACGUACGCUGAAUUACUAUCAAAGACCUGAUUAUUCGAUGUUCUACAACGGUCUAGUGGCAGUAAUGAAACGUGUGGGAGCUAAAGCAUCGGAUCCGUACGAUUGGGAAAGGCCAGAAUAUGUCAAAAAUAUCCAAAAACGUUUGAAAGGACCGUACGCCUGGGAGAAUGCAGCGGAAUUUUUCAAAAGUGAUCCUAUCAAGGUGAACUCGGCUCCGCCUCCAAAGAAGAAGAAGCGGAAGGAGACAGUCAAGCAGUUCCCACCGCUGGAAGAGGAAGGAAGGAGAGACUCGUCCGAACAUACGGCCGGUAGUACAGACAUAGAAAAACGAAUAGAAUUGCCAACGGAAUUGACAAUGACCGAAAUGGACAAGAAGCUUUUCGAGCGGUUCGGUAUUCAGAAAAAGGAAGACGAAAAAUUACGUGAACUCGGUCAGGCUAAGCUAAAGGAAAAGAAAGUACACGGCAAAUCAAAGGAGAUACCAUCACCGUCUAAAGAAAAGGUUGUUCCGGUACCGAAACCGAAGAUUGUCCCGCUGUCCAAAGAAAAGAUUGCCCCUACACCGAAAGACAAAACUGAAGAAGCAAAAGAAAAGCCGAAGAGUGAUUUGAAAGAAGUUGGGCAAAUAAAGGAUGACAAGAAGGAAGAGAUGACAGCGCCGACACCCAAAGAAAACGAUCUCAAGGGCACGGAAGAACCAAAGGGACCAAAGGAACCAAAGGAUCCGCAGGAUAAAAAGCAGACAGAAGGUGGAAAAUCAAGCGACAGUCAACCGCCAUCGGCCCUCGCCGGUCCUGGAUCGGGUCCCAGCUCCGGGCAACAACCUCCUCAAUGA